AUGCGCCAGCUGACGGGCCCGCUGAUGGAAGAGAUUGCUGACAACAUGGAGGCCGCAGGUUUCCGGCGCUCGCUUCGUGUGUAUCGAAUUGCUCAGGGCACUGAUCGGGAUCUGGAGCGAGAGCUCAUCGCCAUGGCUAGGGCUGUGGACUUCAUGGUUUUGCAGGCAUCGGACCCAGUGAUCAGAGUGCUGUUCGCAACGGACGCUAUGGGAGCUGAUGAUGUGAUGUUGAUUGUGGGGGAUUUGGGAUUUGCGUGGACUGAGCUGCAGGCAAGCCGUUGGCAUUCGGCUGAUCACAUCACCAUAGGAGCGUCGGGAGGAGUAGCAUCCGUGAAAGGGCCCGGGGAGGGCUCGGGCAUGCACCACUUCCGACCGCACAGGCUCGACCCGCUUCAUGUGAACUCCGUCUUGAGUGACACUUACGAGCGCUACGAAAGGGCGGUUGAGAAGUUUGAGGUUUUCUUGCUUCUGAACGACGCGGCUCCUACUUCUGCUGCUGAGCUAGACGAUUGGCUCGUGUUGUUCCGCCGGGAGGCCUCUUUGACCAGAUCACAGUUCGAGGUCACCUUGGUGGGUAUCCGGUUUUUGGCGCCGCGCUUAAAGGGAAAGUUGCCCCUUGCGAAGAAGGUCACCAAAGGUUUGGCGAUCGAGUACCCUGCCAAGCAUGCUUUUCCUAUGUUGUCUAGGCGAGGGCUGGAGCCCAUCCUCCGAGCGCUAAGGUCUUGCGGCAAUUUGCGGAACGAUCACUGGACUGAAGACGAGGACAAAGGAUACAGCUGCGAGAUGGGUCUGUUCCACAAACUGGCGGAGGGCCGGGCCGGCUUCGCAACAGAGGCUAUCAUCAAAGGCGAGGCUCCCACCCUUGCGCAGAGGUGGAAGCGGAAUUUCGCGGCAGGGCUCUGGAUUCCGAAAUUGCCACGGCCUCUCGCAACCUGCUGGGCUACUUCCCGAAGGGGUGCUUUGCAGUGGCAGCCGAUGGGUCGGCCAGUUACCGUGGCGAUCGCAGACGCCUCGGAGGAAGAGUCCUCGGAGUACCAGCCGCCGGUUCCUUCACGCUCUGUGAGGUCUCAGCCGCGCCAGCGGGCCAUGACUCCGCUUCCACGGGCUUCUCAGGCCCGCCCAAACGGUCGGCGAUCCAAGCUCGACGGCUCCUCGGUGCUCACCCGGGAAGUGCGCGCACAGCUGCCCGCGGGUGGCUUGGUGGGAUCUGUUGCAGACGGCACAGUGCGUGAUCCCCCUAGGCGGGGCGCUCUUCGAAGGAAGCAGGCCUGCUGGUUUAGCUGGGCUUGGAGGUCGUGCUGCAAAGGAGCGGCUCGGCUUCGCGUGUUGUUGCUUUGGGGCAGCUUGGCCUAUGUCAUGGCGGCUGGGCCAAUGCGAGAACUCUUGAUGCCUGUGCAGAGCCUGCUGGUGUCCACGGCGCAGGUUGGUGAGAGCGCGGCUGGGGCGCUCUCGUCCAUUCUGGAUGGUGGCACGCAGCUGGUUUCGGCUUCUACAAGCGUGGUGAAAGCGGCUUCGGUUAACACUUUGAGUGUGGCGCAGGCCGCCUGGAUUGGGGUGGACCUCGUCGGCAUGAACGCCACUAAAGUGGUUGGGCGUGUCAUGGGUGAAACAUCCGAGGCCAUUGAGCUCUGGCUCUUCUCUGAGCAGGGUCGCGAAGUGUUGCGGGACCCGGCUCAGGAAGCUCUGACUUUCUGGUUGGGCAUGCUGCGCUCGCAAACUUUCCACUUGCCGGUGGUUGCUGCCGAUACCGAGGCGCUGGUGGCUUCAGGCGACCACUGGACGGCUUCUGGGAUCGUCUCCUUCGCCGCCAACGGCCUCGUGGUCUUCGAGUUCCGGCUGCUUCGCAUGCACUUCGCGCCGCGUUGGGCCAACCCUGUUUGGCAAGUGGGCGGUUGGAAUGCGGAGGACGAGUACGAUCAGAUUUUGCUCCUCGCACGCGGUUUCGCCGCCACGGUGCCGGCGGUCAACCACACCUGGGAUCAUGUUUUGGCCCCCCCGCCCUCCUCAGCUGACUGGCCCGCCUUUGUCGGCCUCCUGCGCCGCUUCGGGGCUCUUUGCGGGAGCCCCUUUCGAAGUUGCUGGCGCUUCUGGGCUUCCAUGUGGGAGUAUGGGACCAUGCAUCCGCUGGCGUUUGGAGGUUUGGUGCUCGUGAUUGCAGGUGGUUGCCUUUGUGUUCGGCGUCUCGGCCCUCUCGCUGCACCGCCAGCCGCACUUGUACACUGGCGCAGAUUGGUGGAACUCAUGUUGCUUAUGCGAGGCUGGAUGCUGGUGCGCGGGGGUUCGCUAACACGGCAACUACUUCAUUGA